UUAACAGCAGGCUAACUCUUUAAACCGGGGCUCCGAGAGCCUCGCGUUCGUGCCGGCUGUCACUCAGCGCCUGUUUGUGGUUGUUGUGGUGUGAGUCUGACUGACACGCCCUGGAAAAUAACAGCGUUUCUGCCUUUCUCUGCAUUCCUGCUUUCCUCCCGUCUGGCCUUUCGUUUCGAGCUCUCCGUCUUGUUUUUUCGCUCUGCUGCUCGGUGACUCAUUGUUCUAAGCCUCUGUGUCUCAGCUGGUGGAUCAAACCAGUCUCAGCUCAGAUGGGGGGAGCACCAGGUGUCCAGAUUGGGCCUGAUGAAAAAUGGAAAUGGACGUUUUCAACAACAAGGAUCUGGGCGUGCAUCCUAAUGCUGUCAUCCAUCUCCACCUGGGAGCGUCCAGUGAAUCGACCGCCCGAGCUGCUCUACCCGCAGGCCGAUGUGGCGGAGCGCCUGGCGCUCGGCGGCAGUGACGACACGCUGGCCAACGGCAUGAAGCCUGACCUGGAGGCGGCUAAACGUCUCGCCAAACGCCUCUACAACCUGGAGGGCUUCAGGAAGUCUGACGUCGCUCGCCAGCUCAGCAAGAAUAACGAGUUCAGUCAGAUGGUGGCCGAGGAAUAUCUCACCAACUUUGACUUCACGGGUCUGACCAUCGACCAGGCGCUCAGGACGUUUCUGAGGCAGUUUGCUCUGAUGGGGGAAACUCAGGAGAGAGAGAGAGUCCUCGCUCAUUUCUCCAGGAGGUACCGACAGUGCAGCUCGGAGAGCCUGACCAGCGAAGACAGCGUCCACACUCUGACCUGUGCCAUCAUGCUGCUGAACACGGACCUGCACGGAAACGUGAGUGAACCCGAGCCGUCGGCCGAUUGGUCGUUACGUUUAAUAGCGUUCCCGCGAGUUUCCCCCUGUUUCAUGUCAGCUGCUGCUUCCUUGUUGAAAGUUUGGACUUUUCUUAUCUGUUGGAUCCCGACUCAAACCGCCCAGAUGAUCGGCGUCAACAGCAUCCACUCCACGGGCCGCAUGCGCUCGCGCUCGCUGUGCUCGGUCCGGAGCGGGCGGGACUCGAGGGACAACGACCCGUUCAGGUAUCCCAGGACCCCCCGCUCCCGCUCCCUCAAACCGCUGGCCUUCCCCGACCUGCUGGGAAAAACCCAGGAUGGGCAGCAGCACCCGCAGAGCCGCAAGAAGAAGACGCUGUACAGCUCCAUCAAGAACGAGAAGCUGCAGUGGACCAUUGAUGAAGAGGAGUUGAGGAAGUCCAUGUCGGAGUUGGCGGACAUUCGAACAGACUCCGCCUCCCACACCAUGAAACGCCUCGGGAGUAGUGGAAACCCGCUGGUGGGCGUGGCCCAUCAGGCCGAUGGCGAGCUGUACAAGAGCGGCUUCCUGGUCCGCAAAGUCCACGCCGACCCCGACGGGAAGAGAACGCCGCGGGGGAAGAGGGGGUGGAAGUCCUUCUACGCCAUGCUGAAGGGUAUGGUCCUCUACCUGCAGAAGGACGAGUACCGAGCUGAGAAGGAGCUGACGGAGGAGGACGUGAAGAACGCCGUGUCCAUCCAUCACUCUCUGGCCAUGCGGGCCGCCGAUUACAGCAAGAGGCCCAACGUGUUCUACCUGAGGACCGCCGACUGGAGGGUCUUCCUGUUCCAGGCCCCGAACGCCGAGCAGAUGCAGUCGUGGAUCACGCGCAUCAACGUAGUGGCGGCCAUGUUUUCUGCUCCCCCGUUCCCGGCCGCGAUCGGGUCCCAGAAGAAGUUCAGCCGUCCUCUACUGCCGGGAUCCAACACUAAACUGUCACAGGAGGAGCAGGUCAAAUCUCACGAGAACCGUUUCAGGGCGGUGUCCUCUGAGCUGUCUGACCUCACCGCCGCUACGCCGGACCGAAAGGUGAAAGGUCGUGAGCUGGAGGAGCAGAAACUCCGACAGGAGUACCUGGAGUUUGAGGUGAGGAGGUUAAAAUAACACGCAGGAAGUAUUUCAGUACUCUGAAUCUGCACCUUAUUAUGGAGGACCAAAGCUGCCAAAAAUAAAUGUUUACAAAAUAAUUUUUAAAUGCAUUUCAAUGAAAUA